UGGAGAGAAGACGCUUUCAGAUCAGUCAGUGGCUUCAUGGAGUUAUGUACCUCUGAUCCGCCGCCAUGGAUUGCAAUCCGCGAUCACUCCUUUUCAUUUUACCUCUUUUAUUGUCCUGCGUUAUUCCUGCGUUUCCCAUCAUCUACCCCCCCAAUGAAGUCAACCUGUUAGAUUCUAAAGCAAGCCAAGGGGAGUUGGGAUGGAUUUCCUACCCAUUGCAUGGGUGGGAGGAGAUCAGUGGGGUGGAUGAGCACUACACUCCCAUCAGGACCUUCCAGGUCUGCAACGUGAUGGAGUACAGCCAGAACAACUGGCUUCGCACCAACUGGAUCCCUCGCCAGUCAGCCCAGAAGAUCUACGUGGAGCUGAAGUUCACCCUGAGGGACUGCAACUCCAUCCCGCUGGUGUUGGGCACCUGCAAGGAGACCUUCAACCUCCUCUACCUGGAGACGGACGACGACCAGGGCAGCCACUUCAGAGAACACCAGUUCACUAAGAUUGACACCAUCGCCGCUGAUGAGAGUUUCACCCAAAUGGACCUCGGAGAUCGCAUUCUCAAGCUCAACACUGAGGUGCGCGAGGUUGGUCCCAUGACCAAGAAGGGCUUCUACCUGGCGUUCCAGGACGUGGGCGCCUGCGUAGCUUUAGUUUCAGUGAGGGUUUACUUCAAGAAGUGCCCGCACACUGUGAGGAAUCUGGCCUCCUUCCCUGAUACCGUGCCCAUGGACUCCCAGUCGCUGGUUGAGGUCAAAGGCUCAUGUGUCAAUCACUCCAAAGAGGAGGAGCCUCCGCGAAUGUACUGCAGCACAGAGGGGGAGUGGCUCGUGCCUAUUGGGAAGUGUCUGUGUAACCCGGGAUACGAGGAGAGAAGCAGCACCUGCCAAAUGUGCAGGGCAGGCUUCUACAAGUCUACACUCGGAAAUAUGGAGUGUUCAAAGUGUCCGCCUCAUAGUUUCUCCCACCAUGAGGGGUCGCUGCACUGUGGCUGUGAGAAAAACUACUUCCGUGCUGAGGGAGACCCUGCGUCCAUGGCCUGUACACGACCCCCGACAGCUCCUCGGAAUGUGAUCUCUUCCAUCAAUGAGACGUCGGUCAUCCUGGACUGGAGCUGGCCGGAGGACACUGGCGGGCGCAGGGACCUCACCUUCACUGUCCUGUGCAAACGCUGCCGUGGUGGAGCGGCUAAUGGCAGCAAUGGUGGCAACCUGCGCUGUGAGCCUUGCCGGAGCAAUGUUCACUUUCUGCCAAGAGCCACGGGCCUCCAAAACACCACGGUGACGGUGGGCAAUCUGCUAGCCCACACUAACUACACCUUUGAGAUUGAAGCGCUGAACGGUGUAUCAUCGCAAGCACCCAAGAUGAGGCAGUAUGCCGCUGUCACCAUCACUACCAACCAAGCUGCACCCUCCCAAGUAACAGUGAUCAGAAAGGAGAAGACAUCUCGAAACAGUGUUUCCCUGUCCUGGCAGCAGCCAGAGAGACCCAACGGCAUUAUCCUCGACUAUGAAAUCAAAUACUACGAAAAGGAGGAGCAGGAGACCAGCUACACCAUCCUUCGUGCUCGGGGUUGUAAUGUGUCUCUGAAUGGUCUGAAGCCCAACACCGCCUACCUGCUGCAGAUCAGAGCGCGCACAGCUGCAGGAUAUGGAGCCAGCAGCCCCAGUUUCCAGUUUGAGACCAGCCCUGACUCAGCCUUCUCCAUCUCCAGUGAGAGCAGCCAGGUUGUUCUGAUCGCCAUUUCCUCUGCCGUGGCCAUCAUCUUGCUUACUGUGCUGCUCUACGUCCUGAUUGGCAGGUUUUGUUGCCACAGCAAAUCCAAACAUCCUGAUGAGAAAAGACUGCACUUUGGCAACGGCCACUUGCGUCUGCCGGGUAUCAGGACCUACGUGGACCCCCACACCUAUGAGGACCCGAGCCAGGCUGUGCACGAGUUUGCAAAGGAGCUGGACGCCUCCUGCAUCGCCAUCGACAAAGUGGUGGGAGCAGGUGAGUUUGGCGAGGUGUGCAGUGGUCGUUUGAAGCUUCCCAGCAAGAAGGAGAUCUGUGUGGCCAUCAAGACUCUCAAAGGAGGAUAUACAGACAAGCAGAGGCGGGACUUCCUCGCUGAGGCAUCAAUAAUGGGACAGUUUGACCACCCUAACAUCAUCAGGCUGGAGGGGGUGGUAACACGCAGUAAACCGGUCAUGAUUGUUACAGAAUACAUGGAGAACGGAUCCCUGGACAGUUUCUUGAGAAAACACGAUGCCCAGUUUACAGGCAUCCAGUUGGUUGGCAUGCUGCGUGGCAUCGCCUCGGGCAUGAAGUAUCUGUCAGACAUGGGCUACGUUCACCGAGACCUGGCAGCUCGAAACAUCCUGGUCAACAGCAACCUGGUGUGUAAAGUGUCAGACUUCGGCCUGUCCCGAGUCCUGGAGGAUGACCCGGAGGCUGCUUACACUACCAGGGGAGGUAAGAUCCCUAUCCGGUGGACAGCUCCAGAGGCUAUUGCCUACAGGAAGUUUACAUCAGCCAGUGAUGCUUGGAGUUAUGGCAUUGUGCUCUGGGAAGUCAUGUCAUAUGGGGAACGGCCAUACUGGGAGAUGUCCAAUCAGGAUGUAAUAAAGGCUGUAGAUGAAGGAUACCGCCUCCCCCCACCCAUGGACUGCCCGGCUACCCUUUACCAGCUAAUGUUGGACUGCUGGCAGAAAGAGAGGAACAACCGGCCCAAGUUUGAACAGAUCGUCAGCAUCCUGGAUAAACUCAUCCGCAACCCCGGUAGCCUCAAAAUCACGGCCAACACCACAUCCAGGCCGGCCAACCUGUUGUUGGACAGGAGCAGUUCAGAGGUUCCCUCGAUGGGUACGCUGGGUGAAUGGAUGGAUGGAAUGAGGACUUUGCCCUGCAAAGAGGCCUUCUCUGGGGUCAGCUACAGCUCCUGUGACACCCUGGCCAAGACCUCCACCGAUAGAGUGGUUCUGACGGAGGUCUACGUCACACCGGCCACUUGCCCAGAAUGGGAGCCAUCCAUGGGAAUCACCACUCUCUAACGCCCAGCUCCUCUCCGCCUCCUCAGGCUCUGGAUGGGAUCUAAAAAAGGUUGGAGUGACUAUUGUAGGACCGCAGAAGAAGAUCGUGAGCAGCCUCAAAGCCCUAGAUUCCCACACCAAGAAUGGCCCAGUACCUGUUUAAGAAAUGAACUCAUCAAGUAAAAAAAACCAGAGACUUGUCUGUCGGUGUGGUUGCUAAUCACAGUCUAACACAGUGGCUUCAUACGUAAACUGGAAACGGAUGGAGAAAUAUGAUCUAAAUUAGAGCUUUCGUUGUUUCGUUGGAAGACUAUAUCAAGUCCCGACAGGGAAACGGGAACGAGUUCAGUGCAGUCCUGCCAGCUAGUUAACUGGCUGACUCUUUGACCGUCCAUCCAUCCAUGCCCAAGUUGAGAUGCCUUACAGACAAAUAGGAGGGUAGAGAGAGCAGGGGAUAGUCAAUGAGGUCAGGAACACCUGCCUGGGGAUUAAAACUGGGACUGGCCAAGGAUUGGGCAAGGACUGGACUAACAUAAAGCCGGAGCUCUCCAAUAUUGGCUAAGCUGGACAGCAUAGCCUUCCCUUUAGAGCUAAAAAGGGGACGGGCAUGCUCACAGUCUCCUCCCUCCACACCUGACUAAGCAGCCCGUGGAAAAAGUUGGUGAAAUGGCUGAGAUACCAUGUGUAGAAGAGCAUGGCAGACAGCAGCAGCUCCCCUGGAUGUGGACCCUUCCUGGACUAAUGAGGUCUGAGGCGUGAGAUUUUGUUGGAACUACCUAUAUUUACUGUCUCGAUCCAUGAGAGAACUGACCUGGUAUGAACACACCUAGAUGUUAACCGAGCCAUUUUAGUCUGUAGUUCUAAACUAUAGCAUUUGCAUUCAGUAGACAUGUCACAUAAAAGCAAUAAUUAUGAUAAUCAGUUAAGUAGUAUCAUUGUACGGAAGCCAUGAGUCUGUCACAUGUACAAUGUAUUGAACGCUGUGCUUUGAAGGUACAGGGGCCAUAACACUUCACACACAUCAUUUUCUUUAUGGUGAAAUAUAUGUUCUAUGUGCUUAUAUGAACAGAUAAUGUACAGUUAUAGUGCCGUUCCCUCAUCCCAAUGCCCUUUGUGUGAAAUCUCAGGAUGUAUACGUUAUUCGUUCUAUUUUCGCUAACAAGGGGAAACAGUCAGAGGGAAUGGAGCACAGCCAGUUAUUGAGAGUACAGGUUAGGAAAGACAGCUAAAAGGAAAAUGUAAGAGAGACAUUUAUAAGAGGAAAAAAGGAGAAUUUAAAUAGGUUGAAAUGGAGUCAUUCAGGCCUCUGCUCCAGACAUUCUUGUUGUUUUCCAGAAGUGUUUGAAACUAAAAGCAAGUUUGUGCUUGAGUUUCUUCUUCAGGUAGGAAAGGUUAACAACAUCAACCCCACACAACAUCAGGUAUCAGUUUCUUUCAGUGCGUACGCUUAGUUCAAAAGGUUGAGAUCAACACUGCUGGUCUGAGGGUGUUGUAGUCUUAUUAACAAAAGCCAUGCAGGAUCUGAAAUUUGCUGUAAAAAAACGUUUGAAGUAUGAAAUUAAUCCAUACAUCCUGGUGUAAAAAGUAGAGUGCCUCCUCUAGUUGGGUUGGAUCGUGGUGGGAUCGCCAAGCAAAAAGCUCCAGUUUUGAUUUAUUUUCCACAAAGCCUGUGUUCUCAUUGGGGCAUAGGGUUUUCUCAUCACUGCCAAGGUGUGAAAAUGCCCUGAAAGAGAUGAAACACUUCCAAUAAAUGAUUGCUUUCUGAGAUACUUUAUAGUACAAUAUAUGUCCAGGAUGGGAUUUCCUAAAGGCACCUUAGAAGAUCUUUGUACUAUAAAGUACAGACUUAAAGACUUUAAGUUAGUCUCCUGCUUUAAUGUCACCCAGUCAAUCCCUCAGUGCAACACAUACACGGUAUUUCUAAACUGGCACUUUGUGCUGUUGGCUGGAUAAUAUUUAACCCCAAGGGUACUAUCUUUAAGCGUCUUCCAAGCACUUACUAGAAAAUAUUUUAGCACUUUGAAAUGAAAAUGGUAAUGCCUUGGUAUAGACUAAGCUUAUGAAAUGAAAAGGUGUGAUUUUGGUGCUUUUGGGAAACCCUAUUCAGUGCGUCAGUCGGUCCUCUGUUACUCGCUCUACCUGUGGAUGCUGCUGUUGCUGCUAUGUGUUCUAAUUAGCAUGUACAUAAUGUAAACCAUCAUAAUGAUAGCAACUAGCUCUACAGAUCCCACUAUAUGUACAUGGCCAUCCCUCUUUGUACAAAUGUUUGUAUGUAUAAAAGAAUGAAUUAAAAUUGUGCAACAUUUUUAAUUAAAAAAGAGACAAAAAAUUAUCUGUAUUUUAUUUUAUCUUUUGGAUUAUAUUUGUCUGCUUUGUUUUUUCUACAAUAAAAAGGCAAUUAUGAUUACAUUAUUAUUUAUUUGUUAACAUAAAGCGCAAUAUUGAUGUUUUUUUUUGUAACUUACAGUAAAUUAUGUGUCAGUGCUAUCUGUGUUUUGGUUUUAACUUACUUUAUAAACCUGGGACAUCUGAGAGAGCAAUACUGUUAUGCAUCCUAUAUCCAGAUCCUUCAUUUUCUGUCUCAAGACUGACCCGUGUGUCUGUGUGAGAGUUUAAGUGUGCAAAUGUAGAUCGCCUUGUCUACUAAUGUAAAAUGAUUUGUAGUGGAAACAUUUAUAUUUUUAUAAUAAAUAUUCGCAAAAUAUUUUCCAAAAGAUG